CAGGCAUCCACUCCACGUACGAGAGACGUGUCAGCAACCUUGUGGUAGUCCGGACUCCGGAGAUAUUAACGACGACGAGUCGACGAAAAAGAGGAGCUUCCUCCAUCAGAUAUUUUUCUUGAUCCGUUACAAAUUAACCGAUGGAAAAUAGAAUUUGAUUGAAUCGGCGGUAGAAAUAGGAUUUCCUUCUGUAACGAAAAUUUGAAACGGAAAACCGAGGAGAAGGAUUGGAGAUUGGGAUUCCGGUUGUCAUAAGAAGCGAAGCCCCAGUUAUUUAAAAUCAUCAAAAACGGUAUUCUCAGAUUCUUCUUUCCCACAUUUCUGGCUAGACAUCUUCGGUUUUUCGACCACAGGUCCAUAAAAAAGAAUAAUUCUACAAGGAUAUUGGACCAAAUACAACACAUUAAAAUGUCACUUGUGUCGCCUAGCACUUCAGAAGCAGUUUUGCAAGUUCUGUCUGCAGCUGUACCUAGACUUUUAUUCCCUGAUCCAAGUUGUAGCAAAUUAGACUCAAAUUUUCCUUCAAAAUCCCAUAUAAAAUGUAGAAAGAGAAGAAGUUCAGUUUAUAUGCAAUCUCUAAAUUGUUCAAUAGUGAUGCAAAGUUUCCCAAGGAUCUCUAGGAUUCAGGGGAUAGGAGCUAUUCCCCAUGGAAAUGUUUUACCUGCUCGAUCAAGGUCUCUAUGCUGCCAAUGCCAACGUGCUGACAGUAUUAGUGGUCUAACUGCAAAGGAUGGAAAUGGAAACUGGUUAUUGGACGCAGUUCAGAAACCUAACCCACUCAAUGGUGUGAUGAACACUCCAAAUGUUCUAGAGUUUGGAGAGGUCCAACAAUUGGAAAUUGAAAAGAAAAAUCCCACUUCCAAUGGUAAGUUAGCUGCUGUUGAAGCAGUCAAAGAGAACUUGCAUAAGGUUAGUGUGGAUUCCCUUGAGGAUGAAGCAUGGAAUCUUCUACAUGAUUCUAUGGUUUAUUAUUGUGGUAGUCCGAUUGGAACAAUUGCUGCAAAAGAUCCAACUGAUUCCAAUGCACUCAACUAUGAUCAAGUCUUUAUUCGCGACUUCAUACCUUCUGGAAUGGCUUUUCUUUUGAAGGGAGAGUAUGAUAUUGUUCGGAACUUCAUCCUUCACACACUUCAGUUACAGAGCUGGGAGAAAACGAUGGAUUGUCAUAGUCCUGGUCAAGGCUUGAUGCCUGCCAGCUUCAAGGUGCGCACUGUUCCACUUGAGGGUGAUGAUUCUGCAACUGAGGAUGUUUUGGAUCCUGAUUUUGGAGAGGCAGCAAUUGGUCGUGUUGCACCAGUUGAUUCUGGCUUGUGGUGGAUUAUACUGCUACGGGCAUAUGGAAAAUGCUCUGGAGAUCUUUCGGUUCAGGAGAGAAUUGAUGUGCAAACUGGAAUUAAAAUGAUUUUGAAGCUAUGCCUUGCAGAUGGUUUUGAUAUGUUCCCAACGUUGCUAGUGACUGAUGGUUCUUGCAUGAUAGAUCGAAGGAUGGGAAUUCAUGGCCAUCCUCUGGAAAUUCAGGCAUUAUUUUAUUCGGCACUACUUUGUGCAAGAGAGAUGCUUGCUCCAGAAGAUGCAUCAGCUGACUUGAUGCGAGCACUAAACAACCGCCUGCUUGCAUUAUCAUUCCAUAUCAGGAAUUAUUAUUGGGUGGAUAUGAGAAAACUCAAUGAGAUCUACCGCUACAAAACAGAAGAAUAUUCAUAUGAUGCAGUCAAUAAAUUCAAUAUCUAUCCUGAUCAGAUUCCUCCUUGGCUGGUAGAAUGGAUACCCAAUAAAGGAGGUUAUUUAAUUGGAAAUUUGCAGCCCGCUCACAUGGAUUUCCGUUUUUUUGCUCUUGGAAAUUUGUGGUCUAUAGUUAGCAGUCUUGCAACAAUGGAUCAAUCACAUGCCAUAUUGGAUCUCAUUGAAGCCAAAUGGACAGAUUUGGUUGGGCAUAUGCCAUUCAAGAUAUGCUAUCCUGCUCUUGAAGGUCAGGAAUGGAGGAUUAUCACUGGCAGUGAUCCUAAGAACACGCCUUGGUCCUACCACAAUGCAGGUUCCUGGCCAACUUUGCUCUGGCAGCUCACAGUGGCGUGCAUAAAGAUGAAUAGAUCAGACAUUGCUGCAAAAGCUGUUGAGGUUGCAGAGAAGCGGAUAUCAAAGGAUAGGUGGCCGGAAUACUAUGAUACCAAAAGUGCAAGAUUCAUUGGCAAACAGGCACGCCUGUUCCAAACCUGGUCAAUUGCAGGAUAUCUUGUGGCAAAGCUCCUCCUUGCCAACCCUAGUGCGGCAAAGAUUCUAAUAAAUGAAGAGGAUCAAGAGCUCGUCAAUGCCUUAUCUUGCAUAAUUGGUGCCAACCCAAAAAGGAAACGUGGUCGAAAAGGGAUGAAACAGAGCUAUAUAGUAUGAAGUUUGAUGUCAUAGAGUCCACAAUUGUCCAGGGCCUUAGAUGCAGAGUAAUUACGCUCUCAUCAAUGGCAUCCAGCAAAGGGUCUGGAUUUUGAUCUCCAAUGAUCCUUUCUUCUUACAUGCGCUAAUUUAGUUUGUAUUAUAUGUUUAAUUCAUUUCUUUGUAUUUUUAUUAUUUCUUGGCAGGUAUUGAACCCCUGACCAAAUUCCAUCCAGAAUCUCGUUCGUGCGCUCUCUCAAGAUUAAAGAGAUUCCAUCCAGACAGAAUCUCUCUGUAUGUAGUUUGUAUGAUAUGUUUAAUUCAUUUCUUAAGAAACAGGAUUCCUGUAGCCGAUCCCAUAAUAGUUGGGACAAGCUUAGGAUGAUGGUGAUAUACCUCAAUGUAGGUAUCAAUACUUAUUACAGUUAAUGGCCUCUUUUUUAUGGGAGUUAUUCUAUUUUGUAAUUAUCAGAA